AUGGUCUUCAUCCUUUUCUAUCUAUCCUUAAUUAUUUUCCUUCUUUUUGUAUUCUUUCUUUCUUUCUUUUUUUUUUCUUUAUUUCUUAAUUUCUUUCUUUCUUUCUAUCUUUAUUUUUUCUUUAUUUCAUUCGUUUUUCUUUAUUUCUGUCUUUCGUCCUCUAUUUCUUCAUUUUUUCUUUCUUUCUUUCUUUCUUUCUUUAUUGCUUUCUUUCAUUCUUUCUUUCUUUCUUUCUUUUUCUGUAUUUCAUUCUUUCUUUCUUUCUUUCUUUCUUCAUUUCUUUCUUUCUUUACUUAUUUAUUUCUAGUCUUCAUUUUUGCGUCGUAUAUAUCUAAACUCCUGCAUUCCAUUUUUGUUCUUUUUAUCUAUCUAUCUAUCUAUCUAUCUAUCUAUCUAUCUAUCUAUCUAUCUAUCUAUCUAUCUCUAUAUAUAUAUAUAUAUAUAUAUAUAUAUAUAUAUAAGGUAUCUAUCUAUCUAUCUAUCUAUCUAUCUAUCUAUCUAUCUAUCUAUCUAUCUUCGCUUUUCUCUCUUUCUUUCUUUCUUCUUUCUUUAUAUCUAUAUAUCCUUCUUUCUUAUUUCUUUCGUCAUAUCUGUUUAAAAUUAUCUAUCUAUCUAUCUAUCUAUCUAUCUAUCUAUCUAUCUAUGCCUGUUCAUAUCUGUCUGAACUCUCUCCCUCCCACUCUCUCUCUCUCUUUCUCCCUCUCUCUCUAUAUAUAUCUAUCUAUCUAUGCCUGUUCAUAUCUGUCUGAUUAUCUCUCUCUCUCUCUCUCUCUCUAUCUAUCUAUCUAUCUAUCUAUGCCUGUUCAUAUCUGUCUGAUUAUCUCUCCCCCCUCUCUCUGUCUAUGUCUGUUCUUAUCUAUCUAUCUAUCUAUCUAUCUAUCUAUGUCUGUUCAUAUAUAUCUAUCUAUCUAUCUAUGUCUGUUCAUAUAUAUGUCUGAUUAUAACUAUCUAUCUAUCUAUCUAUCUAUCUAUCUAUGUCUGUUAUCUAUCCUUCUUUUCGAACUAUAUUUUUCUUUCCGUUUUUUUUUUUCUUUAACAUCUAUUCCAUUUUUCUUUCCAUUCCUAAAUUCUUUGUUUUCCUCUCUAUUUUCUUUCAUUAACAUUUUUUUUUCUUUUUCCGUUCAUGUUUCCUUCUUCCCUGUUGAUAUUGCGACUUUCUUUUCGUUUCUUUUCUUUAUACUUUUUCUUCUCUAUAUUUGUGAGAUGAGUGUUACUUUCGUCUUUUUUUCUUUCUCUCUUUACCUUAAUCUUUUUUUUUUUUUACUGAUCACUUUUUUUCUUCUUUUUCUCUUUUUUUGUAUUUCAUUUUUCUUACUCUUGUCUUCCUUGUUUUUCUUUGUACUGUUUUUUUUGUUUUAUUUCAUUUACUUUUUGAUUUUCAUUCCUCUCUUUCUUUUUUUCGCUUUCUUCUUUUUUUUCAUCAAAAUCUUCUUUGUUCGUCUUUCUUUCAUUCCUUCUCUUUGCUUCAAUUAUUUAAUUUUUCUUUGCUUUUUUUGCUUUUUUUUCCUGUCAUCUUUUACUUUUUUAUUGCCAUCUUCUUUCUUUCUUCGUUUUUAUUUUUAUUACAGAAUCUCCUAA